UCUGUCAGCAGAAGUCAAGCAGUUGCAGUGUUGUGGGUUUGCAGUCUGCGGGUGUUUAUAAACUACAUCCUACAGGGACUAAUAACUGCAGCAAUGGACCAUCGAAUAACUAUUUGGAUAAAAGAAGAGAGAAAAACUGACAUACCAAGUACACCAGGCUCCAUGGUCGGGGUAUACCCCUCCAGUGUGAAAAUAAAGGAAGAAUUGCAAGAUUAUGUGAAUGAAGAGUUACUUCAAGAUCCAUUGAAAAUCGUAGAGACUUGUUUCGAUGGAAAGGAAGAUGGAGGAAUGGAACUGAAUGCGAGUCCACCUGAGCGUAAUAUUGAAGUAUAUGAAGAGUUCAUCAGUACUGAAUAUGAUCCUAUCAGAGUUAAGAAAGAGGAGGAUUCGGCAUCUGAGAAUGAUUGUCUCGAUGAAUGUGACCCACUGAGCAUGGCAGAUUAUCAGGAGGGAGCAUCGGGAGGAAGCGUACCAGGCAGUAUACGAUUGAUUAAAACCACUGGUGAAGAAACAUGUCUCCAGGGAGCAACUGGUGAUGAGCUGGACAUUGCUGCAGAGAGAUCAGCACAUUCUGUAGGAAUUAGAACACCGAGGCAAGUUUCUUCCUCUCAGGAGCAAAUUGCCUUUUGCUCUAGUAAUAAUUACAAUUUUGAGGAAAAUGUCUUCACAUGUAGUUCAUGCCAGCAGUCGUUUUCAUCAAAAUACAGUCUCACAAUGCAUGUAUUCAUUCACAUUGAUGGAGUAGAGCCACCUGAGAAUAUCUGUAUGUGGUGUGGCAGAGUAUUUACCUCCCAUGACAGCCUCAGCAAGCAUUCUGUGGUGCAGAAGGUGAAAAGUCGAGAGAAAUGUGAUCAACAAAGCACUCUUUCUUAUGAAUAUGAUAGUCUCCAGUUCUGUGAAGUAGUGUCCACUGGCGAGACACCACACACAUUUGAGUUUUUUGAGGAACCGUUCACUCCAUCUGCUCAAGCCAAUAAAAAUACAUUAGCAUACACUGUCGAGAGGCCACAAAAAUGUUCUGUCUGUGGGAAAUCUUUCACUGCGUCUGGUGCUCUCAAGAAACACGUCUUACUACACACUGGUGAGAGACGUCACAAAUGUGAUUUUUGUGGUAAAUCUUUUACACGGAUUUAUUGUCUGAAGACACAUGAAUUAACACAUGGCGAAAGAAUGCACAAAUGCGAAAUUUGUGGAAAAGCCUUUACUCAGUCUGGUCACCUCAAGAAGCAUGAAUUCAUACAUACUGGCGAAAAACGUCAUAAAUGUGGUGUCUGUGGAAAAUCCUUCACGGAGUCUGGAAAUCUCAAGAAACAUGUAUUAACACAUACUACCGAGAGGCCACACAAAUGUGUUAUCUGUGGGAAAGCUUUCAUUCAGUCUAAUAGCCUCAAGAAGCAUUCAGUACUACAUACUGGCGAGAGUCGACACAAAUGUGACGUGUGUGGUAAAGCCUUUCAUUAUUUUUACCAUCUCAAGCAUCAUGCAUUAACACACACUGGCCUGAAACCACAUAAAUGUGACAUCUGUGGUAAAUCGUUCACAGAGUCUAGCAAUCUCAAAAAGCACGAGUUAAUUCAUACUGGCGAGAGACCACACAAAUUUGUCUGUGGGAAAUCUUUCUCUGAGGCACGUCAAUGCUCUCAAUAGGCAAGUGUUAAUACAUGUUGGCGAGGGAGCACAUAAGUGUGAUGUCUGUGGGAAAUCCUUUAGACAGUCUAGUAAUCUCAAGAGGCACACUAUAAUUCAUACUGGUAAAAGGGCACUUAAAUGAGAUGUAUGUGGGUCAGCUGUUAUUCCGUCUAAUGGUUUCAAAGGCACACAUUAAUAGAUACUGAUGAGAGACCAAACAAAACUGACACCUGUGCAAAUGCCUUUCACUUACUGGUUAUCUUGGGAAGCAUGCAGUAAUAAAUAAUUACAAGACAUUAUAUAAAUCUGAAAACCAUAGGGAAUGAAAUAGGUGUUAUUGAUGAUAUUAAUAAAAAAGACGUUCUUUUAUGAGAUUCGUUUCCUGUGUGAAUUAAUGAACAUCACUGAUCUGCCUAAAUCGCCCGAAAUCAGUAGUAUAUAUUGGAGAAGUGCUGUGGUUCUAAGACUGUUAGCUGCAGUGUCAGGUUUCUUACAGCUAAUAUUAGGUCAAUAGAUCAGUUAAUGUUUGGGGUGUAUUACAGAGUUAAGACUGAAUCUAUUAUCAGGGCUAGCAUUUUGUUUGAAAGUAAUAGUCUGCAUGGUGUAGAGGAGAAAUGUGACUAUUGUGAAAGAUAUUUCUUUGGAGACAUUUAAAGGCUACAGAGUUGUGUUUAGUUAACAAUAUUUACACAAAUGAACGUGUAUCAUCUUACAUGUGGAAAUGAGUGCAGAUAUUGUAAAAAACAAGGAAUAAGAAUCAUGUAAAAACUGUUUUGGCGAAAGUAGACAUCUUAAAUUGUAUAUUUGUAUGUAUUAAGUAUUUGUUUCAUAUCUGCAAAAUUACGCUGAGCCCUUGAAAGUUAACAAUAUAUGUAUAUCAGAUUUUUCAGUUCUUUUAAAUAGGGUGGUUUAUUAGGCUGUACUCUAGUAAUAUAGUGUUUCAUAUUCAGAAGAAAAAUUCAUUCUCAGACGUUCAUUUGAGGUGUGUUUUAAAAUAUCAUUGAAACAGGCUGAAUGGUAUCUGUAAUUUAGUUAAUGGACCAGAUAUCAUGCAAAUGCAUCUUUUAUGAAGGUGUGGAUGAUGAUGCCUACUUGCAUAUUUUGUGAAAUUGAAUUCAUUCUUUGAGUUUGUAGGUAUGUUUUCACUAUUUAACAUAUUUUGUCAGUCCCCUGUGAAAUAUUGUGUCAUUACUUAUGUAUGUUA